AUGGUGAAUUAUGAAUCAAAUAUAUACUUUCAAAGAUUAAAGCCUGUUGGAACGUCAGUUGUUCUUAUCAAAUGCAUCUUUGCUUCCAUCGAAUCAUCAUUGAUCGGAGGUGCAAUUUCAAUGAAUACUUACAAUUUCACUCGACUUGAUGCUUCGGAAUGCAUUUUUGAUCAAUGCAUUGCCUACUCUAAAAAGAUAGGUUCUGAAUUAAAUGGUGGAGCUAUAUUUGCAUACUCAAAAAACGGGAUUUCGGUUAAUAAUACAUGCUUCUGCAGGUGUUUUUCAAAUGAUGGUGAUACUAUAUACUAUGCAUCCCAAAGUUUAUGCAGUCUUUACAAUAAUUUCUUCGAUAUUGGAGAAGUUUACAAAAAUUUCUUGUAUUCUGGAAGCCCAGCUGAACUUAGAUCCUGUAAUAUAUCAAACUAUAUCAAUGAUAAAACUCCAACGUUCAGGAUUAAUUUCAAAUAUACAUAUUUUAACAAUAUGAAAUUAGCAAAUUUCAAAAGUAGCGAAGUUGGAAAUAGCUAUUUCGAAAACUGUUCGAUAGCAUCAUUUUCUGUGGAAAAUCUAUAUGAUUGUAAGUUCCGAAAUACAACAAUUACGAAAUUCUCAGGUUUUAGUAAAAAUAACAUUGGAGACAGUUAUCUUAUUACAAAUAUAACAAUAAGUGUCCCCAUGCCAGAUCCUGAUUUACCCCUAGUUGAAUGCCCAUUCCUUUCUUUCCCUGGAGAAGUAUCAAAUAAGAACUCAAAUGAAUCGCUCAAAUUCGUCUACAUCCAAGAGAAACUUGAGAUAAAAAGCUGCAAUUUUGAGAAGGUCGGUUUAUUUUCCGACGAAGGAUCAGCAAUUUCCAUCCUACAGCCGAGUUUUAAUUUCCAAAAUUCAUCUCCGACAGUGAAAAUUUCUGACAUUCACUUCCUCAGAUGUAUUUCUGAUUCUGCCUCAGGCUGCAUCACCGUCACCAACAACAAUGCCCGUGUUGAGCUUAAUGGUCUUUGCUCUGUUCAAUGCGGUGGGUUAAACACGAAGUUGAUCGAUAUCCAGACGAAGAAUGGCGUGUUCUUCAACUCGAGUACAUCACUCGUUAACAUAAAGCAGGACAACACGACGUCGUACGCUGUUUACAACAUCAACGGAAGAAUUCAACGUAAAAUAACAUCGAGUUUAAUAAAUCUUGCUCAGAUCAAAGGCAUCAACACAACUGAUUACAUUGUUUAUUUGUCUGCAUUCAUUGCUUUCAAAUCAGAGAUGAAGUUCUGCCAGGAAAGCAAUGUUGAGUCAGGAAAUAUGAUAAUGUACCCAGAAACAAGUGUAUAUGAUUCCAAUUUCAUUAAGUUAUCUAUAAAAGAGGUGUUUACGGAUAGUAGUUUCUUCACUUCCGGAAAAACAGUUUUCAAUAACUGUGUUUUCAUUGGUUGUAAUUUAGCUGAUCUGUAUAAGGAGCAAAUCGAAAAUACUGUUAUUUCCUUGGUAAACUGUAGAUAUGAGAAUCCCAAUGACAUCAAUCAGCAUUUUAUAGGUCAAUGCACAAUACCUCCAAGUCCCAAAAAUAAUAAAAGUUUGACAGUCUUCUAUGCAACGUUCUUCCCGAUAUUAGGUAUUGCUAUAAUUGUCGGAAUAGUUUUUAUUGUUAUUAUUUGGAAGAGGCAGGAUAAAAUCAACUUUAGACAUGAAUUACACAAAGAAGUGGAAUUGAAUUUCGGAUAA